AUGGAAUUAUCUGAAUUGGUUCCGAAGGCCCCUUCUAUUCAUGACCUUUGCCAUCGGCUUUACAGCUCCCCCUGCUGGCAGUGGAAUACACGGCCCUGGAGCUUAGACUUCGGUAUCGGCCACGUGAUCUGUGUUGGGCGUAAAAGUACAGGCCACAGUGAAAGGGUUCCAGCUCAUCCUCCCGUCCGCCCUGCCAUCAACAAGGAGAUGAUGAUGGAGCACGAGGCGGUCCUUCCAGAAGACCGCUGCCCCAGGUCUGGGCUCCAGAAGGAAGACACUAGAGCUGACUCUGGUGCCCCCUCCCUGCCACCUGUGGUGAGGAGCUGGGUUGGGCUGGACCCACCUCCUGAAGCAGAGGUGCCCAGAUGA